CGGCAGAACCUGCAGAGCACCGUGCUGCUUGGCAGCGACUGCCCGUCGAGCUGCUUGGAUGGGGUUCCCGUUAUGCUAGGUAUCGAUGAGGCUGGUCGCGGUCCCGUCAUGGGUCCCAUGGUGUAUGGGGCGGCGUACUGGCCGGUGGCCGACAACGACGCCAUGUCCGCCUUGGGGUUCGACGACUCGAAAGCUUUGAGCGCUGAGAGUCGCGCGCAGUUGUUCGAGAAGAUGCAAUCCACCGAGGGCCUCGGGUGGAUCGUGCGGUUGAUCUCCGCCGCCGAGAUCUCGGACAAGAUGCAGCGCCAGACCAGCAACCUGAACGAGAUGUCGCGUGACGCGGCCAUUCAGCUGAUCAACGAGGUGCAGAAGAAGGGGGCGGUCGUGAAGAAGGUGUUCGUGGACACGGUGGGCGACCCGCGCUGGUACCAGAGCUUCCUGACCAAGCACUUCAACGGGACCAUCGAGUUCCGCGUCGAGAAGAAGGCCGACAGUCUGUUCAAGGUGGUGAGUGCGGCGAGUAUCGCGGCCAAGGUGACGCGCGACCGCGUGAUCAGCGACUGGAAGUGGGAGAGUCCAGCGCUCGACUUCCCGACAGACUUCGGCUCCGGCUACCCUAGUGACCCCAAGACGAAGGCGUGGCUGACGACCCACAUGGACCAAGUGUUCGUGUUCCCGAAUAUCAUCCGCUUCAGCUGGGGCACGGUCGAGCCGUUCUUCGAGAAGGCCGUGAAGGUCGAGUGGCCCCACGACAAGGAGCUCGAGAAGUGCCUCCACCGCGGCGAGCUGUUCCAGUUCAGCGCGCAGUACGGCGGCUGGCUGCGCAUCAAGCUGCUGCUCUUCAGCCACGCGCUGGUCGUGGACCCGGACGCGGACGUAGGCGCGCCCCGCCGCAAGCGUCGCGGCUCGCUCAAGCUCUGGAUGGACCUGUGUCUGGUCAAGGACAUCACGCGCGUGCAGAAGGAAGACGCCGCUGUCGCCGUGCGUCGCGGCAGCUACAGCGGCAGCAGCAGCAGCGGCAGCGGCCAGACGGAGGACGCCAGGUUCAAGUUCAGCGUGCACACGAAGCAGCAGCCGGCGCUGCAGUUCGCCACGGCCACGGUGGAACAGAGGGACGAGUGGCUGCACUGUCUGCUGCUCGCCACGAAGCUCCAGGCCACGCACGAGACGCAGGAGCUCCAGGCCGAUCGAGAUGUGUUCUUGAGGUUCGCGUCGAGUGGGUCGGAGGACAGUGAAGAGGAGGAGGGGGAGAGCCGCGUGUCGAGUCCGCCGACGUCGUGGUCCGAGGAGAGCGCGCUGCGGUCGGCGCAGUUGCUGUCGCAGCGCCCGCGCCCCACGGCCGUGCAGUCCAGUGUAAGGCAGGCGGAAACGACGAGAAGUCCCGUGUCGCUCCUGAUCCUACGGGUCACGGCGACGGGCGAUAGGGGCGACAGCGUGUCGACGAUUGUGCCGGUCAGCGAGGCUUCUCAGGACAGUGUGACUGUCCGCCAGGUCAAGCUGGACGCCAUUAAGCAGUUGCAAGCGGAGCUGCGCCGGCCUGCCAAUGAGGGCAAGACGUCGACGACAGGGCUUUUGCAGAACAUUUUGCAGCGUGAAGCGGACACUUUCAUCCUUUAUCUGGAUAUCGGCGACCAAUGGCUGAAGGACGAGCAACAAUCAAUUGGCCAUUACAUUCUCGGAUGCGCAAGUCGUAAGAUCGAGCUCGCGUUGCUGCCUUUGAACAAGAUGCCGCAGCCCACCCUGGAUUUGUCCAUCGUUGGGACCAAGACCAAGAUCAGUGACCUAUCGCAACGUCCGUAUACUUGCUACUUGAUCGACAUCGUUUUCAACGGCACGACAUGGCAGCUCGCGCGGCGGUAUAAGGAGUUCGACACGCUGCAUAGCCACCUGAAGAGCAAGUAUCCUGAUAUUGAUGUACCUGGCUUGCCACCGAAGCACGUGUUCACCCCAUUGGAAGGCGAGUUCAUCGACUAUCGCAAGGAGCAACUGGAGUCGUUCCUGAAGCAAUUGCUCGUUCACCCCAUAGCCAGCACCGACGUGCUGCUGUUGUCAUUCCUGGGCGUUGUGUCAGUUUCGCGUGAUCCUGAACUCAGCCGGAGUGAGAAGAGUGUGAUCCACGUAACCUCAUUACACAAUAGCGUUGCUUGUGGCGACAUCAUUUUGUUUUCCUGUCGAUUCGGAGCGAGCCGACUGCAACGCAAGUUUACGGGAUCCAAGUAUGACCACGUAGGUAUCGUUGUUCCGGGCGAGUCAUGGUUCUUGCUGCGCAUUAUGGAGGCUACGUCCGAGGGUAUUCAGGUGUACUCUUUGAAGCCGCGUCUGAUGGCCUAUGCUCGCGAAGUAUCCAACUCGAUCGUCGUCCGCCGCGUUCAAACGGAGCGUUCUCCGGAGUUAAUUGCGAUGCUGAAGGAUUUCGUGCAUCGGGUUGAUGGAAAUCCCUACAGCAUCUUCGGCAUCCUCCGCUCCACUGGUGAAUCAGAAAGAAGCGUCUUCAGCUCG